AUGACGACGGUCGAGCCCGAGCUCGGGGGCGCGCGUGGAAUCAACAUCAAGGGUGCGCUGGGCGAGCUAGCCGGCGGUGACCUCUUCCAAGGAAGAAGUGGCCGCAUGCGCGUAUUCGGGUGCGAGCACUUUACAAGCUCGGUCGGCGACGCGGAUCACGGCGACGGCGGUGCUGGCCCGACCAACGGCCUCCGACGGCAUGGUUUGACGGUUGUCGUUGUCGUCGUUAUCGUCACCGCUCCAACAAAGGCGUCCAAAGGCAGCACGCGAGGGUCGGGGGACGCCGCGGAGAAUAAUUCGGCCAGGUCCGGGGGUACGGUCGCAAGCAUACCGAACUCGAAUUGGGACGCCUCGUCGCCGGCGUCUCCGUCCGGGCGGGGUCCGUGGCGCCCGCUGGAGUUGGUAGAUGGGCGUGAUCUAGGAGCGACGUCGUGGCUGGCAACCCUACAGUACGGCGGACACACAUUGCGAUGCCACAUUUGGCUGCGAACGCAGGGGAAGGCCUUGCAAGGUGGACAGGGCGGGGAGUCGCGUCGGCAUGGGAUUUUCUUCAUGCCCGUCCCUGCGGUCCACGCAUCUCGGAUCUGCCACACCGCCUCCAGAGAGAGGCGCACGCAGCAGGGCGGGGGAUUGUCUUCUGCCCUGUCAAUCAGGCCUUCGACUAUGGCUGAGAGUGCACGAGAUCGAGACCGUCGGCCGGGUUGUAAUAAUGUCUGUGCUCGCUUGUUCGUGGGGUAUCGGCCAGGCCGGAGAGUGGAGGUGAAGGAAAGAAGGAUGAGCGACGACAUGCAAGGCGUCGAUGGACGACGUUGGUAUUUUGGAAGAAAGGAUGCGAUCUGGAGAGGGAAGAGAAUUGCAUGGGGUAUUUAUACGCCGGAGUCGGCAGCAGCCACAUACGGUGAAGGACAACUAAUGUGGCAGAUCCGAGAUUUGCUCAUCGGCCCCUUCAAAGGCGUCACAGAGACAGAAAUCGUCAAUGUCAGCUCAGCAGCUAUGAAAUUGCGAGAACAAAAGCUCCCUAUGUCCUGGCGCUGGGUUGUUCUGGCUUCUGAAUGUUUACAACGACGGGGCCUCAAAAUUGUGCUCAAAUCUGACUGGUUCUCCGGUCUUAAUUUGAUUCCAGGACUGGGCUGCAGCGAUUCGGAAUCUCGGAAUUUCAUCGCUGUAGACAUCACUGAUGCCGUCGCGUUCAUGAGGUCAUAUGUACACGCUAUAUGUGUUCCCGAUCCUGCCUCCCUGAAUAUACCCGUACCUGCUCAUCUGGUAGCGGGCGCGAUCUCUGUUUCCAAGCUGUUCACAACCGUCGCGCUAAUAACCCACAUUACGCUGGAACCGGUCGUCGAAGGAGAUAUGCAGCAAGUCUUCACGCUCGAGAAAGUCAACCUCAUCCAGAUCGCCCGCAUCGUCGCCUUCGAGGGACAAUAUGUCGAUCUCACCAAUGGUAUGAAAGAUACCUACGUCCCCAUCAUGACACAUAGGAAGGCUCUCCCCAAAGAUAAGAUCAAUCAAGAGGUCGGUCCCAAUCAUUAUUUUCUCGCCUCACGAGCUGCCAAUGCUGACGCACGGAAAUUUCCUGGACAGUGGAAGCUCGAGGAAACUGGUGAUGAGGGCUACAUUGGGGUCGUGAACAACGGCGCCCAGCAGGUCAUUUCCUACCCCUCUGCCAAUGUCAGGCAAGAGAACGUUCUUCGCCAGCGGGCCAUGGCCCACCCGACUGCCGACACCGAUUGGCAGCGGGCUGUGUGCGGGGCGGGGUACAAGGCCGCGAACAAAGACGAGUCGCCGCUCACGCUAGAACGCGAGAUUGAAGGCGACAAACAGCAGGUCUUCAAGAUCGAGACGGCCCUGGCCUAA